CCAUAGAGAGGAGGCGGGCUGCGUUCCUCGGUGAGCUCCGGCGGCGCGCGGCGGGGGAGAGAGCCGGGUUUGUCUGGCCGGCGGAGGACCCGACUCACAGAGCUAAUUCAAAAGAAGAGGAGAGACCUCUAAGAAGUCAUUUGGAAAUACCUGUAAAUAUUUGUAACUGUGUAUAAGCAGCAAAAGGAAAAUUAACCCUCAAAAAACCUCAUUGAAUAAUUGAGGCAGGUUUAUGUAUGUGUUGUUAGUUCUAUCCAGAAGCUGAAGAAUCUUCCUUUGAAUUUAAGGAUUGUGUACAGUUAAUGAGAAAAUGACUUUUCAAUUUAAUUUCACUAUAGAAGACCAUCUGGAAAGUGAAUUAACACCCCUUGGAGAUGGAGCGUUGCGCCUGGAUUCCUCCAAAGAGUCUUCGGUCUCAGAAAGUGAAAAAGGUAAACAUAGGGACAAAAAAGGUUCUACAGAACAGCUUGACUUGCCUCAAGAUCACUUUUUGGAAAAUGAGCCAGUGGGAAAUGCAGCUCCUUCUCAAGACACAAAGAACUCACUCAGUGCAGCUAACAGUUCAGGUAACUUGGAGCCACGUGAAAAACAUCCCUGCAUGAGACUCACCAAAGAGCAUGCUGUGCCCAAAGAUUGCCAGAAAGUGUUAGAAAAUAAAGUCAUAGAAAUGUUAUCGGGUCCCCAGCAUGUUAAUGUAUCAGUAGUGAAAACCGUCUUUUUGAAAGAGAACUUCCCUGGAGAAAACAUAGUUUCACAAAGCUGUUCUUCGCACUCUGAUCUGAUUGCAGGUGUUUACGAAGGAGGCUUAAAAAUCUGGGAAUGUACCUUUGACCUGCUGGCUUAUUUCACAAAGGCCCAAGUGAAAUUUUCUGGGAAAAAAGUGUUGGAUCUUGGCUGUGGAUCAGGGUUGCUGGGCAUAAGUGCACUCAAGGGAGGGGCCAAAGAAAUUCAUUUUCAAGAUUAUAACAGUAUGGUGAUUGAUGAAGUAACCUUACCCAACGUAGUUGCUAACUCUGCUUUGGAAGAUGAAGGAAAUGAUAUCAGUGAACCAGAUGUGAAAAGAUGCAGGAAAUCAAAAAUAGCACAAGAAUUAUGUAAAUGCCGGUUCUUUUCGGGGGAGUGGUCUGAGUUUUGUAAACUUGUACUAAGUAGUGAAGAAUUCUUUGAAAAAUAUGAUCUCAUUCUCACCUCAGAAACCAUUUACAACCCAGAUUAUUAUGGUACAUUGCACCAGACAUUCCUCAGAUUGUUAGAUAAAAAUGGACGGGUGCUUUUGGCCAGCAAAGCACAUUAUUUUGGUGUAGGUGGAGGUAUUCAUCUCUUUCAGAAAUUUGUAGAAGAAAGGAAUGUAUUUGAGACUAGAACACUCGAAAUAAUUGAAGAAGGACUAAAGAGAUACCUAAUUGAAAUAACUUUUAAGUAACCCAGUUAAUAUCCACUGAAUGUCCUAAGUAAAUUAAAGAGAAUAAUCAAAAACUUU